AUGGACAUGACUCUGCAGCCGACGAUCCAGACGCACUCUGACUCUGAUAGUAGUGGUUCGGACGACGUGCUCGACGUCUACCGACUUCCAGCCACACUGGAUCCCGAGCUGACGCAUUUACGCUUCUGUUAUUUUGACGAGGACGAGGGCAUCGACAACGUUCUUCCGCUCGAUGGCCUUCUGAAGGUGCUUGUUCAGGUUCCAAAUCUUCAACACCUGGAAUUCCACCUCCACCAGGACGUCGAUCCACUUCCUUUGGGCUCUCCCCUCCAAACUGUGGCCCUGAACCAUCUGUCUGAAGUGUUCUUCUACUGCUACGACAACUUCACAGACGUGGACCGUAUUUUCAAACAUCUCGUCGUCCCUCCGACAACCAAAAUGAACAUCCUUAUGAGGACCAAAGACCUUCCCGUUAUAGAUCUCGGUAACACGACUUUCACAGAGCUUGCACCCACCAUCAUCAGCCGUUAUUCCGAUAACGCCUUCAGGUACACCAUCACGCAGGUUCAAGGCGACUGUCUUUUCAGUAUUGAUUCCGAACUCGUGGAUGGCAAUAUUUUCUCCGUCGCCUUGUCCAACACUCUUACGAACACCUUCCUCCGGACUGUGAACCACCUCCCCACGGCUUUUAUUGCACAUCCCUCCCUGGAACACCUACACAUCAUAUUUGACAUAGAGCUACCACUUUCUGCUCUCCUCGAUGUCGUUGUGAACAUUCCUCAACUCUACAGUUUUGAUAUUCUACUCGAUCCUGGUGCCGACCUUACCAUAUCGCGGUCCGUGAACCAGUCCUCCAGAGCCAAUCUCAGGCAUAUCCGUGAAUUAGGCAUCGACUUCUCCCCGCGACAAUUCUCCGCCGUCGAUCAUUUUCUUUCUUCGAUUGACAUAUCAGUCGAUACCACGCUCCAUGUAACAGUUCGUAUAGAAAGCCGCCCUCCACCGUCCGGUAGUGGCGUUUUCGAAGUCCCUUUUCUCAUGAAACAGUGGCAACAACGGGUUUCCUGGUGUCAUCUGACGUUGACCUCGCAUACCUGCAAGCUCAGCGGUAUUACUCAACGAUUCGCUGGAGAUAGCGCUAGGAUUCCGAUCUUCAACGUCUCGGGGGGGUGGCCCGCGCUGGAAUCUCCUGCGCAGACGCUGCAUCACUUUCUCGUCUUCCUAACGUCCCAUCCCAUCGCAAGACUUUGGAUCACGAUCGAGGAGCAAACCUGCCCAGAUAUGCCAUGGGUUUGGACCCACUCCUCCAAUUACUCUUGGAACGAACUCUUGGCUUCUGUCCCGAAUUUGGAGGAACUAGCCUUGCACAUCAAUAUUUGGUCUCAUCCCCCUGCAUCCUCCGCUGCUUUCGGGAACGCGAGUGAGCUGUUCAGUCUUCUUCAGUAUCAGGAACCGAACGGUCUCGUCAAGUGUCCUCACCUUCGCCGUCUCUGGCUCGUCCUCACCGAUCGCACUAUUUCCUCGGCGGAUUGUUUGCGCCAUAUCCGGAACAUCGUGAGGUUCAGGCAUAGUGUGGGUAUUCCAAUGCGCCAGAUUGAUUUGGCGAUGGAUAAGGAGCGCAAGCCACAGGAUAGUAGGGAUGGAGAGGUCCAUCGGCUCGUGCGCGAGAUUGUUAGGUAUGGGGUCGUGUUUCGGAUCAGCUUUGAAACGCAGAGGAUAGGCUUUGAAACACCGGACAUAGAGGAGUAUAUGGUACCCGUUUAA